GUGCAUUCGCAAAAAUACCAUAGAAUGAGACGUGUAUGUCGGUUGAUCUCCAAAACACUUUCAAAGAUGGCGUUGUCUAGUGUCUUGCAGAGUGAGUCUGCGGAUUUUUCAUUUAAUAAUGACCGGUCUUUUUCAUUUGGUUGUCGAUUCGGUCAGACCGACUUGGGAUUUGGGGCUGCACCGGGCGACAGACUUAAUUUCGCCAUAAAAGCUUCACUCGGCCCUGACGACAAGGACGGCCCGGAGAGAAAAAUAGAAUUUCUCCAUGGGACUACCACCUUGGCUUUCAAAUUCCAACAUGGCGUCAUCGUGGCGGUGGACUCUCGGGCCACAGCUGGCGCCUACAUCGCCUCCCAGACUGUAAAGAAGGUUAUAGAGAUUAACCCGUACCUGCUGGGCACCAUGGCUGGAGGUGCAGCAGACUGCAGCUUCUGGGAGCGCCUACUGGCCCGCCAGUGCCGCGUCUAUGAGCUUCGCAACAAGGAGCGCAUCUCUGUGGCAGCUGCCUCCAAGCUUCUGGCAAAUAUGGUGUACCAGUAUAAAGGCAUGGGCCUCAGCAUGGGCACCAUGGUGUGUGGUUGGGACAAGAGGGGGCCAGGGUUGUACUACGUGGACUCGGAGGGGAACCGUGUGUGCGGGGACCUGUUUGCAGUGGGCUCUGGGUCCAUGUAUGCGUACGGUGUGGUGGACAGCGGGCUGAGACAGGAUCUAUCUGUGGAAGAGGCGUGUGAGCUGGGCCGCAGGGCUAUCUACCAGGCCACAUACCGAGAUGCCUACAGCGGAGGACAGGUCAACCUAUACCACGUCCACAGUGAGGGCUGGACCAGAGUCUCCCAGGAAGAUGUGUUGAAGCUGCACCACCAGUACCAAGAACCAAAGAAAUAGAGAGGAGAGGGAGGAAUGGUCGAAGAGUUUUUGAGAAUUAUAAGAAUUAGGGAUGGUUGAUAAGGAUAUCGCAAUAAUUUUCUUUCGUUUUGGAUUAAUUUCAUUUUACACGUCCGUUAUGGUUUACUUUCAGAUAUGUUCCUAGCUAAUUUAAAUGUUUGAACAUUUUUCCCAAACAAUGGGCUGCAGUUCCCCCACACGGUGUUUGAUAUGCUGGGCUCAAUAUACGGCUCACUCAGUCAUGGAGUAGUCUCUCUCUUACACUGUUAUAGCUCUACCUUGUAACCAGAACUGGGAAAGCAAAUAUUUUCUCAAUAAAUCCUGAGAUGUUUUUUUUUCAGCUUGCAA